GUAACUUUCGUGAUAUUCAUGUUCACAAAAAAAUACUCGUGCAAUACAUUUUAGAAAAACUAACAACGCCGAUGAGCAUGGGCAGAAGUUUGAUGUAUGUAUGCAUAUGUCGAAUAAUAAUCAGCUGAUGAUUAACCUCAUAAGUUUGUCUAUAGAAUAAAAGUUCAAAUUAUAUAUACAUGAUAUUGUAUGUGUAAUUUAUGAUAUUAAUUACAAGUAACAGUUAUUGUAAACUUUAAAAACAAAGAGGUUAUUGACUUUUAUAUUUUAUUUAAUGUAAAAUAUUGAAAAACAUACGAGAAACAUAGAUAUACGAAAUUUGAAUCUUUAAUUUUUGCAAACAAAUGCAGAUUAUUUUGUUAAAAUGGCAGCUUUAAUGAAGAAAAGAGUAUUAGCAGAGUUUAACCAGAGUCAGGUUGUGAAUGAUCCACCGUUAAAGAGAUUAAGAACAUUACGUCUUAUAUCUAAUUCGGGCAGUAAAAAUGGAAUAGAAGGAAGUUCAGCAUUAGCUUAUAUUGAGUGCCUUGAGAAAUGUAAAUGUGGCAAUGAUGCAUUACAGCUUCUUGUUCGUAUAUCUGACACAAUUGCAUACAUUUCUCCAGAGGAUGUUCCUUCUGUUGUAAAAAAAUUAUCAGAGAGAUUUACCAUAGAAACAGAAGCGGCGGUUCGUGCCAAAAUACUUUGGAUAUUUGCUGAAUUAGGGGAAGUAACAAAUGAUUCGAUAGAAAAGACAAAAAUUGUUAACGAAACAGCUGAACUUUUGAAAAACGAAGAAUCACACAGGGUAAAAAGCCAAGGGCUAGCAACACUGUUAAAAUUAGGAGAUUAUCAUAGGACUCUUGUAUUAAAAAUUGCUCGUGAACAUUUACCUGAUACUUGGCAUGGUGUACAAACACGCUGCCUUUCUAUUAUUGGUAGAUACUUAACUGCAAACAUUACGGAUGAUACUUUGCCACUCGUUAGUAAUUAUGCAUAUUCUCAAGAUCCAAGGGUACGUGCGCAAGCAUUUGAAACAAUGGCUGAACUUCACUCUUAUAGAGGCUGUAGAUUACCUGCAAGCUUUUUUGGAGAAGCUUGUACUGCUCUCAGAGAUGAUUAUGAAAUAGUUCGUAGAACUGUCCUCAAAUUAAUAUGGCUUUUAGGCAGAGAAUAUCCUGAAAAUAUCAUUGUGGGGACAGAUGGAGAAGACAUACGUAUGGUGGAUUGUGCAUUUUCUCAAAUUUGUAGCCUUAUGGGCGACUUAUCUCCAAGAGUUAGAGCUUUAGCAAUGUCUCUUCUAGGAACAAUGAAAUGUGUAUCACAAAGGUACAUAGAACAAGCAUUGGAUAAAAAGCAAAAAGUUGUAGAAGCAGAUAGACCAGAAGUAGAAGAGAAAAGCGGAUCAUGCGGUGCGUUUAUUCACGGUUUAGAAGAUGAAUUUCUGGAGGUAAGAACAGCAGCAGUUGAAGCCCUUUGUACCUUAUCCUUGGAACAACCAAACAUAGCUAGAAUUUCAUUAGACUUUAUGGUUGAUAUGUUUAAUGAUGAAAUUCAAGAUGUUCGAUUAAGAGCUAUUGAAUCAUUAAGGAAAAUGUCUGCGAGUGUAACGCUUCGUGAAGAUCAAUUAGAAACAAUUUUAGGGGCACUGGAAGACUUUUCAGGUGAAGUACGAGAAGGUCUACAUGCUACAUUGGCAGCUAGUCAACUUGCUACAAGAAAUUGCCUUCAUAUGUGUGUAAAUCGUUUGCUCGAUAAUUUAAGUCGUUAUCCGCAAGAUAAGGAAAGUAUUAGAAAUUGUUUAGCAGCAUUAGGGGCCUCGCAUCCAUAUUUGACAUUACCUUUAGUGCCACAACUUCUUGGACGGCAUCCGUUUUUUGAUACACCAGAACCGGAUGUUGAUGAACCUUCUUAUGCAAGUGUGCUGGUUUUAGUAUUCAAUGCUGCACUGCAUUGCCCAAGCAUGCAUGCUCUUUUUACAGAGCAUGCAUCUAAACAUUAUCAUUAUUUACGCGAUACGAUGCCACAUUUAGUUCCUCGAUUACGACCAACCGUAACAAGUGGAUCAGAUUUUGGGAAAGAAGAUAAAAUUGACGAGGAAGCUGAACGUGGAAAAGAAUUUUUGGAAAAAGUAGUUACCGGUGUAGAAAAUGCAAGACCAGGUGGUAGAGUUCACACACAACUUUUAGAAGCUGCAGCUAUCGAUCUCGAUCGUUUAGCGGAGAUGGAUCAUCGUAUGGAAGGAGCUGCACGUUUCACUGCUCUAUAUAUAAGAUGUUUACUACUUUUAAAAUCUAUAUUAAAAGAAUUUUCAAUAUUGUCAACAAAUUCAGUAUCUACAAGUCCAUUGCCGAACACAACUACUAAUGUUUCAGUUCUUCUUCAAAAUACUCAAAAAUUGCAAAGAUUAUUUAGUGGAUUAAAUGAAAACGAAAUCAUACUAGCCAAUGAUGUGUGGUUGAAAGCAUUGGCAGUAGAACUAAUUCGAGUAACAAGAAGCGUGACAGGAAGAAGUGCUCUUCCGCUCGCACGCCACUUUUUGUCUGAAGCUGAUAUUCUACCUCAAGAUACGACAAAAUUACCAUCUUUUUCCAGAGCUCUUGUACUUCAAAUCCCAACUUUAGCUGAUGUAAAGCCAGGGUCUUUAACACGAAUGCUUUUACCAUUAUUAUUAACACCAGCAUCGCAAGGGGAAGAGCGUCUCCCAAGACCAUCAGUAUCUACUCGAUUCUGUAGAGCAAUUAUCGAAGAACCCAGAGGUGAUGCAGAUGCGGCAUUGAAAUUUACAGGAGGACUUCUAUUAGGAAUUCCAUUGACAGCAAAAAUACUGAAUUUACGAGAUCCUAGUAUUUUACGCAUUAAAUUGAGGCAUCCUGAUCAACAAGUACAACUAUUGUUACCACGUCAGUCGGAUUUACGAUUGCAGAACACAGAACAAAAUGACUACAGAUUGAGAACUAUAGUUUUACUAUCACAUCAAGUUUGGAUGGAAGCCUGCAACGUAGAAAUAUCUCUUGCACUUCUUGUACCAUCUUCAGCUGUAUGUACGCAUUCCCCUCUUGACGAUCCAUGUGUAAUAGAUCUUUGCAAACCGACUAAAGUAUCAAUUGCCCCAAAACCUAUAAAACGAGGUAUCUAAAUAUAUUUUUAUACAGCA